CAUUACGCACACAGUGCGUUCACUGUAGUGUGUACUUUUCUCUUUCAGUCUGUGUAGUGCGUAAAGAAACUCCUGUAUCUGAAACUGUUGACAUAUAAGUAACUGAACAAACGGACACUUGUUCAAUCCACUAUUACCGCGUUUACAGAAGUCAAAAAUGACUAUUUUCACAUCGGACGUCGCGUCGCUUUGAAAACCGCUCGAUCUGUGGAGAAAUUUUUUUUACCGGGACACUUAAAAGACAUUUGGUGCUUUGAUUUGUCUGCUGAUAACCGUUAUCUGCUUCACGCGCAGUGUUUUAAUACGGAGGAGCGCGCGCGCGGAGCGGGCACUCUUCACAUGCAGAGCCAUGGAGACGACAACUUUAACCAAACUUCACACCUGCCUGUCAAUAUUCACAUUUCUGUGCUGUAUCUCAGGUGACCUGGCCCAACUUAUUCUGCCACAAACAAAUGUAGAAGUGAUCCAAGGAAGCAUGGUAUGGCUGCAGGCAUCUUACACGGGUGACGAUAUUCCGAAAAGUACUGUUGUCUGGAACUACGUGUCUACCACCACAGAAACAGUAAUGAUCAUCUCAAAUGUUGGUGGACAGGUGAGUCAAAUCAGUCCCCAGUUUGCAGGCAGAGUCGGUUUUACCGAAACAGUGCUCCAUAACAACCUGUCCCUAUACAUCAACAACACAAAAGAGUCUGAUUCAGGACGGUACAUGUGUCAGGUCAUCAUACCCGGGGGGAAAGGACAUACCAGAGAGCUUGUCCUUAAUGUGAAGGUCCCACCAUCUGUACCCGUGUGUCAAAUUAAAGGCAGUCCGGUUCUUAAAGGAAACAUCACUCUCACCUGUAUCUCUGCAUCUGGUAAACCAGCCCCCAAAUACAAGUGGACAAAAACCAGCCCAUCCUCAGAGGUCUUCUUUUCUCCUGCCCUAAAUGAAACAGCUGGAACUUUGAAUCUGAGCAACCUAAGCAGUAACAUGUCUGGAAAAUACAUGUGCAUUUCAUCGAACUCUGCUGGGGAACAGUCGUGCUACGUCAACCUAGAGGUUAUCACACCGGUCAAUGCUGGUGUCAUCGCUGGUGCAACGUUGGGUUGUAUCGUAGGUCUAAUCCUGAUAGGCGUUUUCGUAUACUAUAUGUGGACAAGAAAAAAGGAGACAGAAGACGAUAUAGCCAAUGACAUCAAGGAAGAUGCCCAGGCCCCCAAACGUGUCUCAUGGGCCAAAAGUGGCACAGGAUCUGACAUCAUCUCUAAAAACGGCACCCUUUCCUCCAUUCAAACCAGCACUCACCCACGGGACACCCACAACCACCAUCAUUACCCCUCUUCUGAUACAGCCUCCAUCCUCACAGCCACAGGAAGCACAACUGGAUACCGCUCCCUACCACCAGUAGAUUCCACGUUGCCAGGAUACAACACCAACCCUUCUCCUCCUCAUGGUCCCAUGAGCCCCCACAGCACCAACGGAGGCUUCAUGCACCCCUCGGUGCCCCGGACAGCCUCCGCCCAGCCACAGAUACCACGUCCACCUGUACUCCCCACUACCGUAACUGCUGCCAACAUCUCCCGCAUGGGUGGGGUGCCCAUUAUGGUGCCGGCUCAAAAUCAGGCUGGGUCUCUGGUGUAGGAUCAAACAGUGGGACUAUGCUGAACCUUUGAAGUUAACCAUAUUUACGGCCUCCGGAAACUGAAGCACAUUGAAAAGGAUGAAUUGAAACUUUUAUUGCCUCUGUAUGGAAAUAGUGGAGUAUGGUGUCAUUUUUGUUAUUUUUUUAAUAUGACAUGUAAACAAAUAUAUGUAAAGAUGUCGUUCAUUUUAGUGUUUUGUACAAUCAUUUUUUACAACUUUUAUUCUAUGUAUUCCAAAAAGCCUCUACUUUGAAUUCAUUAUAAGAAAUGAAGGUUAUUCACAAUUUAAUGUAAAGAAUGAUGCAUAAAUAUAUUUUUUUUAGUUAUCGCUGUUAUUUCUGGUGUUCUUUUACAAACGAAUGAUGCUAACUUGCCUUUAAUGAAAACACAUGCAUAUUGUAUUUUAAAUUAGUUAGACUCAUGUAGGUUAAGUUUACAUAUGUUUAAUAUGUGAUCAGUAGAUUAUACUGUAUAUUUAUAGGAGCAUCGGUUAUGUGGGGCUCCAUUUAAAAAGUGUUUUUAUUAUAAAUUGCUAUACAUUUGCCUUGCAAUGUUUUUGACCUGUAGUACUUACAAACAAAUCUACUGUAUGUUGAUAGCUCAUAGACAUAUAAAGUAGCUCUCCUUUUAAUGUAAAAGUGUAAAAUCUGGCUGUUGUUUAUUUAUACACUGAUAGUGUUGUAAAACUUUCAUAGUACUGAUAAUGUAAACAAUAACCUUAUUGUACAUAAGAAUUAUGUGUUUCAUUUCACAUGUAAGUGGUUGUCAUUCAUGACAAUCAAGUAUGUUUUUUUAAUAAUGGUAUACUGGAUACAAUUUAUACAAACCAAAGAUUUGCUGUUAAAUUAUCAUUGUUGGGCAACUAGUAAUAGUAUGACUAUACAGGCCUGAACACUGGUAACUUAAUAUCACUCAAUGUACAAAACUAAAAAUGAUUAUCCUAGAAAUAUUGUAUGUAACUGUAUGUAGACAGAGAUAUGGAUUAAAAGACCAGGUUUUCAAGAAAAUACAAAUAAAUGAAGGCAUUUAUCUGCAGACUAAUUACUCGAGACGACGUGUCUGAAAACACAAACAAGUACUUCAAAUCUUUAGCCAACACAAGUUUUUAUAAGGGCUGUUUUAUAACAGAUCUCUACAGUUUUUAAUCUGUCAGAAUUAAUUUCAUUGCCUGUAUGCUUAUAUGCUUCAUACUGUAGCCUAUACUGUCUGUCUUCAUGUCAAUCUUAAUGUUUUUUGAAUACUAGGGAAACCUCAAACUGUUCUGUAUAUAAGACAUUUACAGUCUAUGGACAUGAAAACACUUUGUAUUCAUAUUUUUGAUUAAAUGAAACUGGCUGUAAAAUGCAUUUUUGCUUA